AUGAGAAUCAAUUCGGAGCCAAGUGCUGCCAAAAUGAAGCACAAGGCAAAGCCUAGUAGUUCACCUCAAUAUUUCUGUGAGAUUGGCGAUAGAUGUUGUGUAAAGGAAGAUGGUGAUUUCUGUAGACAACCUUUAAAUGAAGAGAGUUGUGAGGAUAAGAAGAAUAAAGAUAUUGAUGAGAGUGUGAUUCCAUCCUCAAGUUGCUUUGCUGCUACAACGAAUGCUAAAGAAACAAAGUUGUUGGAUGAUGGGAAGGUUUCAACGAAUAGAGUGAAGGAAUAUGAAAACUUAAGGAAGAGAUUUGAGAGGAAAGCAAAAGAGGCUUUUCAAGACCAACUCUUGACACUUGAAAGACAAGUUGAGGAACUUAAGUUUGGAUCCAGUAAAGCAGUGGAAAAAGAUGUGUUGCAAUUUGAAUCACCUAGAACAAUUUGCACCCCAAGAACACACGCUUUUUCAUCUUCAGCAAUUUCAAGGAAUCCCAUCCUUGGAAAUGUUAUAGAAAAUUUUGAGAAAAAUGAAAAGCUGUCUCACAAGAAAACCAGUUCCGAGAGGCAGAACUUGAAACAAACUGAGGAGACGAAGGUAAAGACCAACAGGAAUAAGCAAUCACAUAAUCUCAACAGAGAACAUCAGAGGAGGAAACCAAAGCCGAGCUCUAGAGUCAAAAUACAUUCUCCAAGGAUGGUUUCUAAGGUUGAAAUUUGCAAAAUAAAGGCCCUGGAAGACGUGAAGAAAGCAAAACUAAAGAUGAAGAAAGAAAAGGAGGAGAUUGUAGAGGUACCAGAAUUAGAGAGCUUUGCUGUGAUUAAGUCUUCAAUAGAUCCAAAGCAAGAUUUCAGAGAUUCAAUGAUUGAGAUGAUCAUAGAGAAUCAGAUUAUUCAGCCAGAAGAAAUGGAAGAUCUUUUGGCAUGUUAUCUGACUUUGAAUGCAGAUGAGUAUCAUGAUCUCAUCAUCAAAGUGUUCAGAAAGGUAUGGUUUGACAUGAGCCAAGGUAUUUUGGGUAUUAAACUAAAUAUGCAAUGUGGUUACUAUGAAUAA